GACGAGGGAUGAAAGCAGAUCCAGGCAGAGGCCGUCGUGAGAGGAGGAAGAAGAAGGUCAGCUGUACUUGGAUCGUGAGACAGAGCUGAUGGCUGUGUCGUGUCAGGUCUGCUCCCGGGAGCAAGCAAAGUACCGGUGUCCAGCUUGCGGCGUGCAGAGGUAGGUCCUCCCCGGGGCAAGAAGACGAAGACGAAGAAGACGAAGCUGAAUCUACGGAUGCAUACUAACUAAUGCCUGUGAUAGCUGCUCUCUGGCGUGUUCAAAGGCCCAUAAGACGAGCUGCUUUCCAGUUGCACAAGAUUCUGCGUCCCAAAAUGCUCACAUACAGGGAGACGGCAAUGCGGUGGCCGUCAACGACGCCGAAGCCCCAGCUACGUCUACGUCUACAUCGGCUGCUGCUGACACUGCCACAGCUCCGGGGCAGGGACAAUCGAAAGAGAGAUUCUCCAGCCUUGAGAAUUCGCCCAAGCUCCAGGAGUUAUGGAGUCGAUUCCCCAGAUUCCGGUCUCGGUUGCGGGAGAUUUACAGUCUAACGCUGGAAGAGGAAUGGGUUGAGGAGGCGAGGCCGGACAACAGCAACGGACGGGGGCGCGGACGAGGACGCGGGCGAGGCAGGGGAUCACAUUCGUCCAGAGGGAGGAACCGAGGCCCCUGGACGGCGGAGAAGGGCUUCAACCGCGGACUUGAAAGGGUUCGCAAAUGGCGAGAAGCGUGUGACGAGGAUGGCGGUGCAUCGAGACACGCCACCGGCGGAGCUGAGGAUGAGGCAUUUCGACGCUUUAUUGCUCUUGUUAUUGAUAUGGAUAUGGAUAAUGAUAUGGAUAUGGAUAGAGAUAUGAAUAAUAGGGGUCACGAUACGGAAGCAAAAACAGGAACCGGCUAAGCGGCGCGUUACUCUAAAGAUUGGCUGAGGCGAAAAAGCUACCAACCUGCCGGGAUGUGCGCACCGUUUAUGGUUUAUGGGAGGUACCCUUGGGAAGACCGAUCGCACCGUGUGCAGCCUGCGUACGCUCUCUUUUUAUACAUAUACAACUGACUGCUUAAAUCCUGCAGAUCGUGGGGUGUUAUGGGAAUGUUUAAAAAGGGGGGUAAAAAGGUGUGUGUGAUCCUAUACAUAGCCUCACUCUUUCGCUUCUCUGCUUGGAAGAAUGCUGUUUCUUGGACAAGGAAAUGAGAGUCCCAUUCGAUUGGCCAUGACCUCGUCGAGACAUGAUCUGUCGUCUGACGCUGACCUACAGAAGAAGCGAAGGGGUAUGUUAUUAUUCGGGAGCGGAGAUGCUGAUCCAGAAGCUAUAUCCAGUUCCCAGGACAAGGACCUGCAGAUGUGAUCUCUUUCGUCACAAAAUGCCCCUUUGGUCCUACCACACCAAGUGUACAUACAGUAUACAGACGAGUUGACACACCCACCCACUCUCUUCCUCCCCGCAAGUUUGCUAGAUGGGGAUCCAUCCGUCUCAGGGGGGUAAACGAAUAACAAUCCCGUCGAGGACCCGAAACACAGGUACCUUUUUCCUUUCUAGCAUGAUUUGAAACGCCAAAUAGAUACAGGGGGCCCAACGGUCAAAUGGAACUUCCCAUUCUACACUGGACAGUCACGAAUUAGAGGGCAGAUGGCUCUUCGAUCUGGAGCCGAAUAGUGGGACGGCGGUUGGCUAGCUGCUUAGAACACGGGGCGAGGCUCUGGGACUCGUCCAAUUCCGAACUGUCGACUCCACGGAGUCAACAUCUCUGCAUAAACAAACUGCC